CCUCGUUGCCAUACUCCGGCAUUUUCUAGCUUUCAUAUAUUUGAACAACGCUUUCAUAAACUGCAGCAACGAUUCAAGUCAAGGACUAUCAGGAAAUGGGAGCAUUGUCACCGUCACACCCUUCAAAUUUUGAAUCGAUCUUGCUGUCAAAUAGAUUCCAUGAGAAAGGAGAAGCUAUGUUGGAUUCUUACAGUGCCUGGUUGGUCAAGCAUCCCUCUGCACUGGACUCAUUCGAGCAGAUGAUUGCAGCAGCACAUGGAAAAAAGAUAGUUGUAUUUCUGGAUUAUGAUGGAACCUUGUCACCCAUUGUUCAAGAUCCAAACAAAGCUUUCAUGUCCGAUAAGAUGCGUUCUGCUGUAAACGAAGUUGCAAAGUUUUUUCCUACCGCAAUUAUUAGUGGAAGGUGUCUUGAUAAGGUGAUUGAAUUUGUACAACUGAAGAAUGUUGUUUAUGCUGGAAGCCAUGGUAUGGACAUAUCAACUCCGUCUGGCUCUUUGAACCAUGAAAACCACACACAUGAAUCUAGAAGUGUUGAUGAACAGGGUAAAGAAGUAGUUCACUUUCAACCUGCAAAAGAAUUCUUGCUUACAAUCCAAGAGAUACUUCAGGUGCUGGAAGAAAGAGUCAAGACAGUUAAAGGUGCAAUGGUAGAAGACAACAAAUUCUGCAUUUCUGUGCACUUUCGUCGUGUACAGGAUAAGGAUCUGGAUUCCCUCAAAGAAAUGGUAAAACUUACAUUGGAAGCUUACCCAAAUUUUCAGAUUUCCAGUGGCAAAAAGGUAAUAGAGAUACGGCCUUGUAUCAACUGGGAUAAAGGUCGAGCAUUGGAGUAUUUGCUUGACACUUUUGGGUUCAACAGUUGCAGCGAUUUCCUUCCUCUGUACAUAGGAGAUGAUACAACUGAUGAAGAUGCUUUUAAGGUUAUUCAGCGAAUUGGCUGUGGUUAUGCUAUUGUUGUUUCUAGUAUUCCCAGAGAAACAAAGGCUUCUCACUCCCUACGUGAUCCGGGUGAAGUUAUGUCGUUUUUGACUCGACUUGUAAAAUGGAACAAGACCGCAAAUUACAUAAAUUAGUUAAAUAUAAAUGUAUAUAUUUAAUUUAAGGUUACCCACUCAAAGUUAAUUUGCUUAUUUUUUUUAUUGGCAAAUUAGCAUAAUGAGUUGAUAUUAGGUUAAUUUUGUUUCUUGGAAUCGUAGUUAAUGGCCCACAUCCUUUGUAAUGUGUACAUAUU